CGAACGGAGUUGCUGAUAUGUAUUCAGAUUUGGACGAGUAUGCAAUGCAAAUUGUUCCAAGUUUUCCCGCGACUAACACUGCCACAUCGGCGAGGAAAUCAGAACGCGGUCUGCAACAGCAGUCUGCAAAGAAACCGGCAGAUGUAUGUUUUUUCUAAACCUUCCUGUUAUACGCCACAUACAGACGGUCACAUUGUGCCAUGUUCUGGUCCGUGUUCCUGAUCGUGUUCGAUGGUGACAGCUUUGCAACAUGAGAAGUCAAAUGUUGUACACUAGCAGCGCAUGUGGCACUUAAUUAAACCCAUCAAAAACAGAUAUUACUGUAUUCACGGAUUAAUGUAAACCGUUUUGCUUGUGCAGUGUGCACCAUUACUGACAAUCUCUGUAUAAAUUAUUGAAAGAUUUACUGUAUCGGAAACCGCUGUGGUCGGCCGCAAUAUGGCGGAGAGUGACGAGUCGCUUGAUGUGACUUUUACAAUGGGAAAAUUGACCCUUGGCGGCGCAACAGCCACUUCCGGUCUGAAUUCGCCCAAAUCAACGGCGCGACCCCGCAUCGCGCUCACCGCCACCGACAAUGUCUGCGCUGACUUUGUCUUUGAGACGCCCCGCGUGAAGGAGCCAGUCGCCACCAUACCCACCAGUAUCCAUGUGGAACGACUAAUCAAGAAGCCAUCGACGCGCCGAUUUCGCCGUAAAACUACCGUUUUCCGCAACAAGGACAGAUUCAAGCUAGAACAGUUUAAUUGGCUGAAAACGGUAGGAACCGGGACGUUUGGUAGAGUGGUCCUUUGUGAAGAUGCUACGAUAAAAGAUGAUGAAAACUCCAAAUACUAUGCAAUGAAAAUACUGAGGAUUAGCGAUGUUCUACGGCUGAAACAAGUGGAGCAUAUAAGAGAUGAAAAAGGCAUCCUGGAGCAACUGGACCAUCCUUUCAUAGUCAAAUUGUUAUGGACACAACACGAUUCUGCAAAUCUGUAUAUGCUGCUGGAAUACUCUCCUGGAGGAGAAUUGUUUGGUUACUUGCGUUCCGUUAGAAGGUUUACCAGUGGAGGAGCAAUGUUCUACGCUGCAGAAAUUAUUCUUGCCCUCGAAUACUUGCAUGAACGUUUCAUUAUUUACCGUGAUCUAAAACCUGAAAAUCUGUUGCUGGAUGCUGAAGGUCACAUUAAAGUAACCGAUUUUGGAUUUGCCAAAGAAGUCUCAGACCGCACUUGGACCCUGUGCGGCACACCGGAAUACCUUGCCCCGGAAAUAAUUCAAAGCCGAGGAUACAACAAAGCCGUUGAUUAUUGGGCAUUCGGGAUCCUUUGUUUUGAGAUGCUAGUUGGUCAUCCACCGUUUUAUUCCGAUAACCCUAUCGAAGUGUACCAAAAAAUUUUGGAUGGAAAAAUUCGCUGGCCUAAACAAAUCGAUUUAGUAGCAAAGGAUCUCAUAAAAAAGCUUUUAACUGCCGAUCGGACCAAGAGACUGGGGAAUAUGAAGAACGGGGUGGAGGACAUAAAAGGUCACCGAUGGUUCCGUCCGAUUAACUGGAUUCAGUGCUUAGAGCGCAAACUGGAACCACCUUAUGUACCGAAAGUGGGACAUCCUGGUGAUGCGAGAAAUUUUGAUGACUAUCCGGAAGAUUGGUCGGAUAGCGACUCAUCCGUCACACCCGAACAGCUCGCCAUAUUCCAAGAUUUUUAAAUGUCGGCAGGUUAAGAAUGUGUGCGCUUGGUUGCAUACCAUUACCCGAAAAAAGUCGCCGCUGUCUCUUUCUCCAUCGCGGCGCUCGUCAUCCGUUUUUAAUUCAUGUAUUUUCUUAUGGUUCUCUUUAUGUACCAUUGGAGAGUGAUCUUUUGGUGUGCCUAAAAUAGGUUUUAAUUUUGAUGUAUGCCUUCAACUUUUCUGCAGCUUGACGACUUAAUAGUGCUAUGAUUUAUGUCUGUAGAAUUAGCGUGAUAUCAGGCGGAUGGUGACUGUAUCAUUCGAAUAUGUGCCUCUAGAAUUGGAAUACAUACACUCAUAAG